CUCAGCUGCCCCCGUGGACCGCCCAGUCCAGGCCCGGUGGGGCUCCGCUCGGCAACCUGCAGAGCCCUGAUAGCUAAAAUGUAAUUUCAGAUUGGACAAGUGGAGGGAUAGCAAUGUCCGGUGGAGAUGAACCCAGGAGCUACUAUGUGGGCAUGGACGUGGGGACUGGCAGCGUCCGAGCAGCCCUUGUGGACCAGAGGGGCACCCUCUUGGCUUUUGCAGACCAGCCCAUCAAUCAGUGGGAGCCUCAGUUCAACCACCAUGAGCAGUCGUCUGAGGACAUCUGGGCUGCGUGCUGCAUUGUCUCAAAGAAAGUUGUACAAGGCGUCAAUUUACACCAAAUCCGAGGGCUUGGGUUUGAUGCCACAUGUUCUCUGGUUGUUUUGGAUGAGCAGUUUCGUCCUUUGCCAGUCAAUCAUGAAGGGGAUUCCCAUCGAAACAUCAUCAUGUGGCUGGAUCACCGGGCGGUCAGUCAGGUCCACCGGAUCAACGAGACGAAGCACAGCGUCCUGCAGUACGUGGGGGGCGUAAUGUCUGUGGAGAUGCAGGCCCCAAAGCUUCUGUGGCUAAAAGAGAACUUGCGAGAGACUUGCUGGGAUAAGGCGGGACAUUUCUUUGAUCUCCCAGACUUCUUAUCGUGGAAGGCAACAGGUGUCACAGCACGGUCUCUCUGCUCCCUGGUGUGCAAAUGGACAUACUCUGCAGAGAAAGGCUGGGACGACAGUUUCUGGAAGAUGGUUGGUUUGGAAGACUUGGUUACAGAUAAUUACAGCAAAAUAGGAAACCAAGUGCUGCCUCCUGGAGCUUCUCUUGGAAGUGGGCUCACACCAGAGGCAGCAAAGGACCUUGGCCUUCCUCCUGGAAUUGCAGUGGCAGCCUCACUAAUUGAUGCUCACGCAGGAGGACUAGGAGUGAUUGGAGCAGAUGUGAAGGGGCACGGCCUCGCCUGUGAGGGACAGCCAGUGACGUCACGGCUGGCUGUCAUCUGUGGAACAUCUUCUUGUCACAUGGGUAUCAGCAAAAACCCAAUCUUUGUACCAGGUGUCUGGGGCCCUUAUUUCUCAGCCAUGGUCCCUGGGUUCUGGCUGAAUGAAGGUGGUCAGAGCGUUACUGGAAAACUGAUAGACCACAUGGUACAGGGCCAUGCUGCCUUCCCUGAACUACAAGCCAAGGCCACAGCCAGACGCCAGAGUGUAUAUGCAUAUUUGAACAGUCACCUGGAUCUGAUUAAGAAGGCUCAGCCCCUGGGUUUCCUCACUGUUGAUUUACAUGUUUGGCCAGAUUUCCAUGGCAACCGGUCUCCCUUAGCAGAUCUGACACUAAAGGGCAUGGUCACUGGAUUGAAACUAUCUCAGGACCUCGAUGAUCUUGCCAUUCUCUACCUGGCCACAGUUCAAGCCAUUGCUUUCGGAACACGCCUCAUUAUAGAGGCCAUGGAGUCAGCAGGGCACUCGAUCAGCACCCUUUUCCUGUGCGGUGGCCUCAGCAAGAAUCCCCUUUUUGUGCAAAUGCACGCGGACAUCACUGGCAUGCCUGUGGUCCUGUCGCAAGAGGUGGAGUCUGUUCUUGUGGGCGCUGCUGUUCUGGGGGCCUGUGCCUCGGGGGAUUUCGCUUCUGUACAGGAGGCAAUGGCAAAAAUGAGCAAAGUUGGAAAAGUUGUGUUUCCUAGACAUGAGGAUAAAAGGUAUUAUGACAAGAAAUAUCAAGUAUUCCUGAAGCUGGUUGAGCACCAGAAGGAGUAUGCAGCCAUCAUGAAAGGGGACUGAGCAGAGCUUGCAGGGGCUGAUGCCAGGUUUCAUACCAUUGCAUCGGGGACCUCUGUCAUUUCACCUUACAUUCGAGACCCUUAGAUAUCAUUUCACUCAUUUCUGCAUUGUCUUUUAAUAAAGAAAACUGAGACAUGUGUAACCAAAA